AUGAGAGAUCAAGCCACGCUUCGCACGGCUGCGGACAUGACGGCCAUGUGUCGCAACUUGUACACGAGCUUUUAUGGGGAUCCGUCAGCAGAAUCGCCCGUCAUAUUCGUUACAUUCGCCUUAGAAACCGCCGUGGGGCUGCGAGUUGCGCCUGUGCUGUUUGGAAAGGAUGCCGACGUCGGAUCGGAGCCGCCCGAGAGCGUGGCAGAAAUGCGCGCCAUUUGGGGGCAGGCCGACAUGCCUGGCGGAAGCAGCGGCCGUGGUACAGGUGCGGGGCGUGCGAUGUUGAAGCGGAAGUCUCAGGCGCCCUUUUUCCAGAGCUCAAGCUUCGGCAUGGCCGUGGCCGUGGUCGUGCUCGCCGUGGGCUGCGUUCUGCUCAUGUUGGACUAUGUGUCCCCGACCACCAAGGCGAAGGCUCACACCUUGCUGCCCUUGAUUGGCAAUCUCCAGAAGCUGGAAGCGGAACAGAAGGAGCGCCGCGAGGAAUUGGCAUCGCUUCUGGCUCGGCAGCCGCCGAGGCCGAGCACGAAAGAGGAGGCGGAUCGGCGAGCUCUGAUCCAAGCGAACUUGAAAUCCCUGGAGGAGCUGAAGAGUGACGUCAGGGUGCUGUCAGCAGAGCAUGAGAAGCUCCAGCAAGUUCACACACAGCCUCUGACGACUUGCGUUUCGCAGGCUGGUGCCUCGCCCGGCUUUGGUGCUGGAGGCUUCCGAAGCUACUACUUGGCACACGUGGCCAAGUCUCUGGUUCCGGCGCAGCUGCCCAGGCUCUACAUGCAGUUCCAGCAGCACGAGCCACCGUCAGAACUGCGGCUUUGCCAGUCCAAGGCGGGCAGCUUCGGGAGCUACUACGCCGCGCACGUGGCCGGCGCACUGGGCCCCGCGGAGCUGCCGAGGCUCUACCAGCAGUUCCGCACGCAGCCGAAGAAGGCCAAGAAGCAGCGCAAGGAACAGGCUGGCGGCCAGCCCUCGCGAUCCCCGCCGCCCUUCGGUGCUUCCGGGUCCUUCGGCAGCUACUACGCUGCGCACGUCGCGACAGCACUGGUGCCCGCGCAGCUGCCGAGGCUCUACCAGCAGUUCGGCUUCCAGCCCGUGGAAGCAAGGAUGCAGCUGCAGGAGAAGGCUGGCGGCCAGCCCUCGCGAUCCCCGCCCUUCGGUGCUUCCGGGCCCUUCGGCAGCUACUACGCUGCCCACGUCGCGACAGCGCUGGUGCCAGCGCAACUGCCGAGGCUGUACCAGCAGUUCGGCUUCCAGCCGGGCGUGGAAGCAAGGACGCACUUGGAGGAGAAGGCUGGCGGCCAGCCCUCGCGAUCCCCGCCGCCCUUCGGUGCUUCCGGGUCCUUCGGCAGCUACUACGCUGCGCACGUCGUGACAGCACUGAUGCCAGCACAGCUGCCGAGGCUCUACCAGAAGUUUGGAGUUCAGCCGGGUGUGGAAGCAAGGACGCCGCUGCAGGAGAAGGCCGGCGCUGGCAUCAUUUAG